GAGCGUCCUUCCCACCUCCUUUGUUGAGCGUAAAGCCAUGACCUCGCAGCAGUCACCACCGCCGGCGGCGGCGAAGUCACCGCGACCACCCGCUCCCACCACCGUAACUGCUCUCGACGAUGAUCUCCUCCGCGAGAUCUUCCUCCGCCUCCCCUCCCUACCGACCCUUGUCCGUGCCGCCCUCAGCUGCCGCACCUUUUCCCACGCCGUCCGGUCGUCCCCGGCCUUCCGCCGCAGCUUCCGGGAGGCCCACCCGCCCCCUAUCCUCGGCCUCUUCUUCGACCCCGACGGCCUCUCCAUCCCCGCCUUCGCCCCCCUCCGCCGCCGCUCCGACCCUGACCUCGCGGCCGUCGUCCGCGGCGCCGAUUUCUUCCUCACUCGUCUCCCCGACGGCGACGACGACGACGACGCCUUACCGGCGUGGGUCAUAAACGACUGCCGCGACGGCUACGUCCUCCUCGAACACGGAAGCCUGGAGCAGUACGCCGUCUACAACCCCCUCACACGGGCCCUGGAUUUCAUCCCCCAGCCGCCCGACGAGAUCUUUGACGACGGGCACGGCGACUCCUCCUACCUUGGGUGCCACAUCCUCUUCUCCGAAGAGGGCGGCGAGCCGCUGCGCCUGCUCUACACCUGUCACGACGAGUCGCGGGCGCGUGCCGCCGUCUUCUCGUCAGAAAGCAGGGAGUGGCAGAUCCUCCCGUGGUCCGAGCCUGUGACGCCGCUGCCUGAGGACGAGCACUGGCUUAAAGUUGGCACAAUGGUGAAUGGGUUCAUCUACUGGGUACACAAAAAUCAAGCCUACAUCCUCGCGCUGAACAUUACGACACUCCAAUUCUUCCAGAUGGAUGUGCCGCCGGUGCUGGUGGGUCAAGAUUUAAUGUUCAAGGUUGGCGAGACCAAGGAUGGAAAGCCUUGCAUUGUCUGCCCGAUUGACUUUGAUCUUUAUGCUUGGGUCUGGCGAGCCGGUCAUGACGGAAUUGAGACAUGGAUAUUCGACAAGAGGUUUCCAGUGGAGACGAUCGUCGAGAUCACCGAUGGUACACUUGAGGAGCAUUAUGAACUGAAGGUUUUGGCCAUUAUUGGUGGAUUUGUGUACUUCUGUACCAUGGAUAUGUUGGUUGAUGCUAUUUAUCCUUGUUGGUUCCUGUCUCUAUGCAUGGAGACAGGGGAGCUGGGCACACUCUUUCGGAGGAGAUUCGACGGCCAUGUCCACCCCUACAUCAUGGCAUGGCCUCCUUCUUUGAUAGACAACAAGGUGGACCCUCAACUUGAAGGUGCUUGACAAAAUGCGGGCAAGGAGGCGACACAUGCGCGCGCGCACACACACAUGGGGCAUCACAUCAAGGAAUGAAUUGGGCUUAUGGGGCUGAUCGCUAAGUUGGUGUCAUCAUAAAUUUGAUGUUGCAGCGUCAUCCAUUAUUUUGUUGUAGAGGAACGCCGUGUAUGUAUAGUGCUUCCAUUUCGACAAAAAAGAUUUGCAGUCUUGUAGGCGUUCAGCUAGAAAUCCCUGUCACGAAGGUAUUCCCUUCGUUCCAUAAUAUAAUUUUUUUAACACUACAUAAUUCAAUGAAAUUGUAUUUACGUUAUUGUAAUGGAAUAGAUGGAGCAAUAAUAUCAUAGUAACACGAAAAACUUCUAGGGUCUCCAGGAUUCUAAAAACACGGCAAUAGAAAAAUCAUAGGAUUAAAGUGUCAUGGUCAUCUGAAUCCUACAUGAUUCUGGGUUGUUUAAUUGCGUCAUAGGAAAAACAAAGAAUUAUUUCAAACAUAGUGCGUGUUAGGAAUUUAUGGAAAGCAGUACAAAGAAAACCUUAAAAAAACCCUGUAGGAUUCAAUCCUAUGAAUCAAACAACCAACAUAUAUAUGUACGUGUAUCCAUAUCUACGGACCAGAUUGUUUUUGGAUUUGUGUUGAAAAAGUUUGCUUUUGGAUUUAUAAAAUUCUUCUAAGCAUGGUUUUGAAUCUUCUAAAAAAGAAGAAGAAUGCAAAUGAGGCUGGAGAUGCUGAAAAGGAUAGUACCUGGUAAAACACCACCCUACACACGUAAUACGUCUUUUUUUUUGGUACCGGUAACACACGUAAUUCCUAUAACGAACAACGGCUGGCUGUAAUAAUUGAUUCGAUAAUGCCCACCGUGCAUAAACCACGUGGAGGAUUCCCGAAAUCGGCAUCUAUUUCUUCCUUUUAUGGCUGCUGAUUCAUCUCCCGGAAAUCAGGGGGGAAAAUGUCCCACGCGUUGUCUUUGCAUCAUUGCAUGCAUGGCGAUGAAGGAUGAACUGAUCAGAU